AAUUUAUUAGAGAUUACUUUUUACAUUUUUGUUUUGUAACACAAGUGGGUGUAAAAAACUGUCCAAUCAGGAGCAAGUGGGCUCCUGAUUGGACAGCUAAAGUCAUUUUGAAACUUGGCGCACAUGCAGUUCAAAAAAUGGCUCGUGCUGUACUGUUGCUUUUUGUGUGGGGACUUUUUGCAGAAGGUCGAACAGUUCUGAUCCAGACAGCUCAGACUGUGGAGGCAGCAGUGGGAGGAGAAGCCUGUUUAAACUGUCAACUCACACAAUCUAAAGAUGUUCUUCAGAUCACAUGGCAGAAAGUUUUAUCCAGUGGAGCGAGGGAUCUUGCCACCUACAGCGAACGCUUUGGUCCCAGAGUGAAUCCUGACUGUAAAGAUAAAGUGGAGAUAAUCGAUUCUGGACUGAAGAACAGCUCCAUAGUUAUCAGGGAGGUGACGGAGCAGGAUGAAGGCUGCUAUCGCUGUCUGUUUAACGCCUACCCUGACGGUGCUCUCAUUGGCCGAACCUGCCUCCAACUCUAUGAGCUGCAUGAACCCAUUCUACAUGUUAGAGAAUCACAGUCUGUUGAAGAGUUAGUUGUGUCCUGCUCGGCCACAGGACGACCUGCUCCAUCAGUAACACUGAGUGUCACACAACCACACCUCUACUUCUCACACAACAACACCGACAGUGUCCACGACGCCAACGGUACAGUCAGUGUCACCUCUACAGCUGUGCUGUCAGGUUUCCGUGACAACAGUGCACAGGUGGGAUGUGCAGCGCGAGUGCUCUCUGGUCAGAAAGAGGUGUUUCUGAGGAUUCCUGAGGUCAAACAGACGCCUGAUGAUUCCACUGCGACCAUUGUAUCAUCAGCGCUCAUCAGUAUCAUCAUGCUCUGCCUGAUUGUUGCUGUAGUCAUCAUGAUGCUGCUCAUACGAAAACGUAGCAACAGUCUGUCAGAGCGGGACUCUGAGAAGAACAAGACGCCAAAGAAAGACACUGACCAGACCAAAACACCUUUGGUCGGGCAGAAGAACGAGCAGGUCAGGCAACGCUCACCUACAAACACAUGUCCAACAAACGUCCACCCAGAACCAGUGGUUUCAUCACCAAGAAGACUGGUUUACAUAUAAAAGCUCAUAACUCUGUCAUGGCCAAACUGAAACAGACUGUGUUGGUAAAAUACCCACGAGCUGUCGAGGAACUGAAACAUUGAUCUAAUAUCUCCAGGAUAAAAAAGCUGAUUGCACAUUGUAGCAUGUUUUUAUACCUUUUCAUUGUUU